AUGAACUAUGCCAUCAGGUCUGGUAUAACUUUGGCUUCAACUUACGCAAUCUCCCAGUGCACCCGAUUAGCGACGACCGUCAGUGAUAAGAGACUAGGAGCCGAGCUCAGCGCACUUCAGGGUCUACUUGACCGCAAGCUACAGAUAAUCUCGCCUGCCAUUGACUUGAUCGAGUUCAAAUCCGGAAGAGGAAAUGUCUUUCUCGAAUCAGCUGUGAGCCUCGCCAGGUCGUUGCGCCAAGAUGUUGUUGCUUUGGGAAAGCGCCUUGAGGGCAUCGCCCUUCCGCAAGAGCGGCUGUCAGACGAGAGACCUGGAGUGAACGCGUUGGAAGGCCAUGAAGAAGUUUUGCGCUCUAUUCUCCACGAUCUCCGGGACCUACUAUCGCGGAUAGACCAUGAUAUCCCCUAUUACAAUUGGCUAUAA